AGAAAGUUUCAGAAAGGAACAAACUAAACUCAGCCGCGGACAGCGUCGGGAAUGAUCCUCCAGCGGCGCGGCACAUGUGAGCCGAGAGGCCACCGGUAACGUUUUUUUUUAAUUAUUAUUAUUAUUAUUAUUAGUAUUAUCUCAGAGGAGACGGGGAAAACGGCAGUGAGAAGAAGACGUAUACAGGAGACAUCUGAGAGCUGCCUGGUCAGAAGUGUCCUGUCACCGCGACGCGAUGGUCAGUCCGCCGGGAUUCAGCUGGUUCUUCCUGAGCGCCCUGCUGCAGGCUGUGGCACCCUGGGGUGCACACAGAGCGGACAGACCGAGGCAGUGCGACGCUCCCACGUCGCAAAGUGACAUGAACUCUUUCUUGUGGAGAGUAAACCGUGCGCCGCCUCACCCACCUUCCUACUUAUUCGGUACCAUCCACGUGCCCUACACACGAGUCUGGGACUUCAUCCCGGACAGGUCCAAGCAGGCUUUCCUCAACAGUCGCAACGUGUUCUUUGAGCUGGACCUGACCGACCCUCUGACCAUCUCCAAGCUGACAAACUGCCAGCUGCUGCCGCACGGCGAGAACCUGCAGACGCUGCUACCUCGGGACUUGUACCGCCGCCUCAAACGCCACCUGGACUACGUCAAACACAUGAUGCCUUAUUGGAUGACCGCCGACCAGCGCGGCCGCGGCCUGUAUGCCGACUACCUGUUCAACGCCAUCGCGGGGAACUGGGAGAGGAAAAGGCCAGUGUGGGUGAUGCUGAUGGUGAACUCGUUGACGGAGUGGGACGUUCGGUCCAGGGGGACGCCGGUGCUGGAUCUGUUCUUGGCUCAAGAGGCUGAGAGGAUUGGAAAGGUGACGGGGGCCGUGGAGCGGGUGGAGGAGCAGUGUCACCCCCUCAACGGGCUCAACUUCUCUCAGGUACUGUUUGCAUUGAACCAGACUCUGCUGCAGCAUGAAGGCGUGCGAGCAGGCAGCCUGCAGGGCUCCUACACCACCGAGGACCUCAUCACCCACUACAACUGUGGAGACCUCAGCUCCAUCAUCUUCAACCACGACACCUCGCAGCUGCCUCACUUCAUCAACAGCUCUCUGCCAGCUCAUGACCGCACCAUCGCCCUGCAGAUUGACAGCUACUUCCGCCAGGAGCUCAUCUACAAACGCAACGAGCGGAUGGCUCGCCGGGUGUCCGCCCUGCUGCAGAGAAACCCCAACCAGACAUACUUUUUUGCUUUUGGCGCAGGUCACUUCCUGGGGAACCACAGUGUGCUGGACAUCCUGAGGCAGGAGGGCUACCAGAUCGUCCACGUGUCCCCUGAUCACCAAGAGCCAGUCACAGAGAGCAAACCGGCUAAAGAGCCAUCAGCACGGUCCGGCGAGGAGGACGGCGACGCCAGCACGUCGUCUCCCGACAGCUGGCUGACCAGUCCAUCGGAGACGGAGCUGGAGCUGGACUACGGGGACAUCAUGCCCGGCCUCGGAGACGACGAGCUGCCUCACAUCCUGCUCCCCGACAGCCUGAGCCAGCUGGAGGAGUUCGGACGACUCAAGCGGCCUCGCAAAGCUCACCGCGGCCACGGGAGGCCCCGCCUCUUCAGCGACCUGUGGGUUCGCAUGGGGGAUAGCACUACUCCACCCCCUAAUGUGAGGAUAAUCAAUGGCUACGUGACAGUGGAGCCUCCGAGGACCCAUCAAGAGCAGCACAGACGGAUGGAGAUCUCCGCCACAGAGCGACAACCCAGCCCAGCUUCCUCCACCCAGCCCAGCCCGACCUCGGCCCAGCCGGCCUCCGUCCACCGCACGCUAACACUGUCUUGUAUUUUAGCCUGGCUGCUAACACACAUGCUGUUCACCUCCUGACCACGGGACAGCGUUAUCUCACAGACUAACACUGCAGACACUACUGCCUCCAUACCAGAGCAGUGGAAUGUGAUAAACAAGGAAUGAACGUCAACGCAUCGCAGAGAAGAGACGGAGGAGCUUGUCGGCCCUCCACCUAAAGGGAGGGAUCUGCUCCACCCUGCCGAAGUCUUCCCAAACUCGUCAAGUCUCAGAAAUGUGUGUGCUAAGCUCUCAGCUAGCAACGAAUGGACCGUGUUCUUCAAGCCUCGUGAAAGUAUUAUGGUAGAAUAACAAACACAUGGCACAAUGAAAACAUGUAAUGAGUUUGCGUGGUGGAACUUUCGACCUUAAUAAAAACUGUAAUACUGUAUAGAAAAGUAAAGACAUUAAUAAUGAGAUUAGGACAUACUAAUAACAGUUAUAACUCAGUGAUAAAUGAGUUGAAUGCGUUCAGUCGGACAGUACUGUGUAGGAGGUGGAGCGCUCUGUUGCCACUUUGUUUUUUUGUAAAUUGUGCAUUUUGUUCAUAAAGAAAUAUUGUAUAUUUAUUAUUUCUGGAAGAAAAGAGUAUAUUUUCUUGCU